AUGACGGAACAAUAUAUUAUUGAUUCAGAUAUUAUUGAAGAUGAAGUAGAUCGUCCAGUAUCAGUAUACAAUCUAAAUGUAUGCUUCAAAGAAGACAUUGAUUUUAGAUUAUAAGAUUGCUAAUUAAAUGAACCUGAUUUUUAAGAUUUAGAGUAAAAAAUGAAUAAACUAAUUUAUAAUUCUUGUGGUUUUAAAAAAGGAUUAAUAAAACAUUAGAAAUAAUAAGAAUUAGGAACAGACUCUAUUGAAAAUAAAACUAAAAAAGAAUAAUUAUCAUUUAAAAAGCCAAUUUAACCUAUUUAAUAAUUAUCUGUAAUUUCUAAUGGAGAUUAAUCCUCAUUGUUUUCAAGAAAGGAAACAGUUCCCAAAAUUAACUUUGUAGGUGAAAUGAAAGAAAGUUAAAACCAAAAUACAACUAUUGAUUAUAGAAAAAAUCUAAAAUUACAUACACAUGGACCAUUUGAUAUUACUAAAUUAUAAGAUGGUUUAUCACCAUCUGUUAACAAUAAAUUCUCUUCUAAAAAAUAGUCACAAUUCUCACAAAGAUCACAUGAAACUUAUAAUUCAUAUUUAGAAUUAUCUUACAAUAAUACUCAGCAAAUACCAUCUUAAAAUUCAAUUCAUUAUAAAGAUACUAGAAAAGAGAGAGCAAAAAUUGCUAAAACAACUAUUAAAUUAAUUUAAAACUAAUAAAAUUAGAAACUAAGAAUUUCAUAAUAAGCAAAUUCUCAAAGAACUUCUUAAUUAUCUUUGUUAUAAUUGGAAUUUGAUGGAGUAAGAGGAAGAUCAUAGAGUUCUGUCUCUACACCAAAAAGUAUCUUAAAGAAUCCAUCAUUAUAAAACUCUUAAUUGGAAAUUGUAAGCAGAUUAAGUUUCUAAAGUAGGCUUAGUUUUUCAAGUUUAAACAUCACUGGUUAAUCUCCUCCAAAAUAAUAAACUAAUUCUUAAUCUCCUGCAAAAAGAGUCAAAUUUUGUUUAACUAAAAAAUAGGCAAGAAGAGAAAACAUUCCAUGUUGA